AUGGCCACACCAAUGAAGACUGUUAGGCGCAACCCCUCUUAUUCCUUUUUGAACCCGAAUCUGGAUUCCCUUGGGUGCUUAGCAAAGAAGAUUACGCCAGAUGAGACAACCAACUUCAGAAAGGAAUAUGGGUACAUUCUGAGCCUUCUCAAGAUGCCGUUCACCAAAUACGAGCAAGAGGGAGUUCAUACUUUGCUUCAGUUCUAUAAUCCUUCCCUCCGCUGCUUCACGUUCACCGAUUACCUCUUGGUUCCUACAUUGGAAGAGUAUUCCUUAUUUCUUGGCAUCCCUAUAAAGAAGGAAGUGCCAUACUAUAGCACCAUGAAGGCUCCCGAUUCCAUUGAAAUUGCUAAGGCUCUUUAUUUGAGCAAGUCGGUCGUGGAAGCAAAUCUCACCAAGAAGGGAGGAGGUUUUGGAUUUUGCAUGGAGUUUCUUGUCAAAAGGGGUUGUGAAGCUGCUGAAGCCAAAGAAUGGGACACAUUUAGGGCUAUCUUGGCUCUAAGCAUAUAUGGCAUCGUUUUGUCACAUCUGCCUGAGCGUGGAGCUUUCGUUGAUAGUAGGCACACAUCUAAAUGGGCUGAAAGGAUUAUGGGGCUGAGGGCUAAAGAUAUUGUCUGGUACAAUAGCGCUUUAGAUGACAGGGAAGUUAUUAUGAGUUGCGGAAAGUUCAAAAACGUACCUCUCAUGGGUCUUAGGGGUGGAAUCAACUAUAACCCCGUCUUGGCCAGAAGAACAUUUGGAUAUGCUUUUAUUAGUCCACCUGAGCAAACAGAGAUAGCUGAGAACAUUUUCUAUCAUGUGGCCACCGACAAUGGGCAAAUGGCAGAAGCUGUGCAGGCUUGGAAGAGUAUUUGCUGGAGAGAUAAGAAACAUUUUGGUCAGCGAGAUUGUGCUACUUAUGAGGACUAUACUAAGUGGGUCGAAUCUGUGGUUGCUGUUCGAGGGAUGCCUUUCCCUCCCAAGGAUCCUUUGUACCCCCCUGCUGAGCUUGAAGAGUUGUAUGCCAAGGGAAGCACUUCUCAGAAGAGGCCAAGGGUGGUUGUCGAUCCCAAGUCCACUAAAAUUCAAGAGAGGAAGAUCAAAGAGCAUUAUGAGGAUCAGUUGGCAGAAUUGACAAAGAGGCUCCAAAUCCAGACUGAUAUAGCCAAAUCAGAGAAAGCCCAUCGAAAGAAAGCAGACAAGCUCCUUCUGGAACGUCAGGCAAGGAUUGAGGGGUGUUAUGAAGAGAUUCGCAAGUUGAAGGGUCGAGUGGAGGAAAAGGGACAAAGUGAUACUCAAGCUCAAGAGGAGGCCAGAGGUUUGACUCUGGUUUUGCAGUUUGUGAAGGAUGGCAUAGCAAGAAUUGGAACUGAAUUGAAUAUGGAAUUUGUAAUUUUUGCCCGUGCUAAACCAUAUACAGCAGUAGGCACGUCAUUGUUGGCUCUGAAUGAAGCAUCCUUAUGA